AUGGAUGCACUCCCGACAGUUUCCAGUUUCAAGAAAACCGGAAAAAAUUUCAAUCAUUUGGGUAACAAUCAAUUGUCAGGUGAAAAAUAUCUAAUUGAAGGAUGUAUUAAACUGCAAACCGAAUCCCGUUUAGAUUUACGGAAAGUUGAGGUCGGACUUGAAAUCGAGCCUAUUUGGCGAUGUAAUUUUGAUAGUUCUGAUGACAAUUUACGACCUCAAUUUACAACCUUUUCAAGCCUAAUUUUGUUCUCUCUAAUUGAAGUCCAGCAAAUUUCCUUUCAAUCUGCGACACAAAUCAUUUAUAUGACAUUAGAAAAAGCCAGUCGAUCAUGCAAUAACCUCUUUUAUCACAUAAUACUGAUAACACAACACAUCAAAGAUCUAACAUAA